GCCGUCCAGGGGCGCCACGCGCAGGCGGCCGCUGUCGCCGACGCCCUGGCCAGCCUGGGCAGGACGCGGGCCAGGAUGGCCUCCCUCACGGCAUACGACAAAGAUAUAAGCAGUGGGAGUUAUAACCUUUCCUCCGCAACGACCGGCAGCUACUACAGUUGUGUCAGCCAGAUCACCAUAGGUUACGACGUUGCUGGGCCUGUUGCAGUUGGGCUUACCCACUGGAAAAAUCCAUAUGCACAAGGCAGACCCACCCUUCCAUCAGAUCUGCCUCUCUUCGUCUCCAAAGAUGGAGGCAUCCCGGUAUAUCACCAAUCCCUCACUCGCAAGACUGAGCUGGCCACGCCCCUGUCUUGCCCAGCCUCACUAUCCAUCACUCCAGUGCCUUCUUACAGCAGCAGCAGCCAGGAAACCCUGAGCCAGGACACAACAGGUUUAAGUUUAUCUAUUCAUGGGGCUGAAAAGCGUUUGCAAAUCCACCAACGGCGAAGUGUGGCGAGCCACCCAGGGUCACGUCGCCUGCCCGUGGUCAGGCAUUCCUCACUUCCACCAGGCAGAAGGUCAAUAAAAAUGGAGGCAAGGUCUUCUGGAAUCACUAAUGGGAAAACCAAAGUCUUCCACCCAGAAGGAGGUGUGGAUUUGCAAAGCUACCAGCUGGAUAUGCAAAUACUACCUGAUGGGCCAAAGAGUGAUGUGGACUUUUCAGAGAUUCUUAAUGCAAUACAAGAAAUGGCCAAGGAUGUCAAUAUUCUUUUUGAUGAAUUGGAAGCUGUCAACAGUCCUUGCAAAGAUGACGAUUCUCUCCUGCACCCUGGAAACCUGACCAGUACUUCAGAUGAUGCUAGCAGAUUGGAAGCAGGGGGAGAGUCAGUACCAGAAAAAAACAAAUCAAAUGGACUUUACUUCAGAGAUGGAAAGUGUCGAAUUGACUACAUUCUUGUGUACAGAAAAUCCAACCCCCAGAUGGAAAAGAGAGAAAUAUUUGAAAGAAAUAUUAGAGCAGAAGGAUUACAAAUGGAGAAAGAGUCCUCUCUAAUAAAUAGUGACAUUAUCUUUGUGAAGUUGCAUGCCCCAUGGGAAGUGCUCGGAAGAUAUGCAGAACAAAUGAAUGUAAGAAUGCCUUUCAGGAGAAAAAUCUAUUACCUGCCCCGCCGGUACAAGUUCAUGAGCAGGAUCGAUAAACACAUAAGCAGUUUUCGGAGAUGGUUACCUAAGAAGCCAAUGAGGCUGGACAAGGAGACACUGCCAGACCUGGAGGAGAAUGACUGCUACACUGCCCCUUUCAGCCAGCAAAGGAUCCACCACUUCAUCAUACACAACAAAGACACUUUCUUCAACAAUGCCACGAGAAGUAGAAUCAUACAUCAUAUUUUACAAAGAAUAAAGUACGAAGAAGGAAAAAACAAAAUUGGUCUGAAUCGUUUGCUUACUAAUGGCUCCUAUGAAGCUGCAUUUCCUCUGCACGAGGGAAGUUACAGAAGUAAAAACUCCAUUAGAACCCACGGAGCAGUAAACCACCGCCAUCUGCUCUAUGAGUGCUGGGCCUCCUGGGGCGUGUGGUAUAAAUACCAGCCUUUGGAUCUUGUAAGGCGAUACUUCGGAGAGAAGAUUGGGCUGUAUUUUGCCUGGUUGGGCUGGUACACCGGCAUGCUCUUCCCCGCCGCUUUUAUUGGAUUAUUUGUCUUUUUGUAUGGAGUCAUAACUCUGGAUCACUGCCAAGUCAGUAAAGAAGUCUGCCAAGCUACAGAUAUCAUCAUGUGUCCUGUGUGUGAUAAAUACUGUCCGUUCAUGAGGCUGUCAGACAGCUGCGUUUAUGCCAAGGUAACCCACCUUUUUGACAAUGGAGCCACUGUCUUCUUUGCUGUUUUCAUGGCAGUCUGGGCGACAGUUUUCCUGGAGUUUUGGAAAAGACGGAGAGCAGUAAUUGCUUAUGACUGGGAUUUGAUAGACUGGGAAGAAGAGGAGGAAGAAAUACGGCCCCAGUUUGAAGCCAAGUAUUCCAAGAAAGAGCGGAUGAAUCCCAUUUCGGGAAAACCAGAACCAUAUCAAGCAUUUGCAGAUAAAUGCAGCCGACUUAUUGUUUCUGCAUCUGGAAUAUUCUUUAUGAUCUGCGUGGUGAUCGCCGCCGUGUUUGGGAUCGUCAUUUACAGGGUGGUGACCGUCAGCACUUUCGCUGCCUUUAAGUGGGCGUUAAUCAGGAAUAAUUCUCAGGUUGCAACCACAGGGACUGCCGUGUGCAUCAAUUUCUGCAUCAUCAUGCUGCUGAACGUGCUCUAUGAAAAAGUUGCACUGCUUCUCACAAAUUUAGAACAGCCUCGCACUGAGUCCGAGUGGGAGAACAGCUUCACCCUGAAAAUGUUUCUUUUUCAGUUUGUCAAUCUGAACAGCUCCACGUUUUACAUCGCAUUCUUCCUCGGGAGAUUCACAGGACACCCAGGUGCCUACUUGAGGCUGAUAAACAGGUGGAGACUAGAAGAGUGCCACCCUAGUGGAUGCCUUAUUGAUCUCUGUAUGCAAAUGGGUAUUAUAAUGGUGCUAAAGCAGACCUGGAAUAAUUUCAUGGAACUUGGCUACCCGUUAAUUCAGAAUUGGUGGACUAGAAGGAAAGUACGACAAGAACAUGGACCUGAAAGGAGAAUAAGUUUCCCACAGUGGGAAAAGGACUACAACCUUCAGCCGAUGAAUGCCUACGGACUUUUCGAUGAAUACUUAGAAAUGAUUCUCCAGUUUGGAUUUACAACUAUCUUUGUGGCAGCUUUUCCUCUAGCACCACUUCUGGCCUUACUGAAUAAUAUAAUUGAAAUUCGACUUGACGCUUAUAAAUUUGUCACACAGUGGAGGCGACCUUUAGCUUCAAGGGCCAAAGACAUAGGAAUUUGGUAUGGAAUUCUUGAAGGCAUUGGAAUUCUCUCUGUUAUUACAAACGCAUUUGUCAUAGCGAUCACAUCUGACUUUAUCCCUCGCUUGGUGUAUGCUUAUAAGUAUGGACCUUGUGCAGGCCAAGGAGAAGCUGGGCAAAAGUGCAUGGUUGGCUAUGUGAACGCCAGCUUGUCUGUAUUCCGAAUUUCUGACUUUGAGAACCGAUCUGAGCCCGAGUCUGACGGCAGUGAGUUCUCAGGGACUCCUCUCAAGUACUGUAGAUACCGAGACUACCGUGAGCCUCCUCAUUCACUGGUGCCCUACGGCUACACACUGCAGUUCUGGCAUGUCUUAGCAGCCCGACUGGCUUUUAUCAUUGUGUUCGAGCACCUCGUGUUUUGUAUAAAACACCUCAUUUCAUAUCUGAUCCCAGACCUCCCAAAAGAUCUAAGGGAUCGAAUGAGAAGAGAGAAGUACUUGAUUCAGGAGAUGAUGUAUGAAGCAGAACUGGAGCGUCUUCAGAAGGAACGAAAAGAGAGGAAGAAAAAUGGAAAAGCACACCACAAUGAGUGGCCGUGACCAGGUAACAGUUCAUUUGCAGGCCAAGGACCUGAAUUCUGUUUACUUCUCCCUGCUGUGCAA